GUCGGACUUGGUGCCGUAGUUUCCGGUUAGGGUCGGGGUGGGAGCUGGCCGGUGAUGCGCAGCGCGUGAAGCUUCAGAUUAAAAAUAAAAGAUCCAAAAGAAGCGGCAGGACGCCAUGACUCCCUCAGCUCCGCUCUUAUUGGUUAGCCUGUUUCUCGCCCUCCUGCUAAGCCCCGCCUCCUCUCAGACCCCCCCUGAGGAUCUGAUCAGCAGGAAUGCAGACUUCGGAGCCCGGCUAUACCGAGCGGUCGCCGCUCGCACUGAUGAGAACGUCCUCCUGUGUCCGUUCACGCUGUCUGCUGCUCUGACACUGAUGCUGACCGCCGCCGAUGGGUCGACGCUCGAGCAGCUGAAGGGAGGACUCACACUGACCGGGCUGGACCCUCAGACGCUCCCAUAUCUGUUUCAGACUUUGAGGAACGUCGUUCUGACGCCGGGCGCCAUCUCCACCCUGCAGCAGGGCGCGGCCGUCUUCCAUGAUCAGAGUGUCCAGGUGUCCCAGUCCUACCUGAACCUGGUUCAGACCAAGUUCGGGGGGACAGUUCGAGGCGUGGCUUACACAACGGCGUCUGAAGCCGUUCACACCAUCAACCGCUGGGCCCUGGAGCAGACCGGAGACCAGGUCCAGAGUUUUGUCUCUGAAUUGGACCCUCAGACCCAGCUGCUGCUUGCUGCUGCCACCUCCUACAGAGCGAGCUUUAGUCCGCCCUUUAACACGUCGUCCACUCAGGACGAGCGGUUCUAUGUGGACAGCUACCACGUCGUCAUGGUUCCCAUGAUGUUCAGGGCUGAUAAGUACUUCCUGGCGUAUGAUGCUUCAGUGAAGGCCGGCGUGUUGAAGCUGCCGAUGACAGACGGGACGGCCAUGUUGGCUGUACUGCCCGAUGAAGGCGUGGACGUCACUGCAGUGGAAGAGGAAGUGACGGCUGAGAAGAUCCAGGCCUGGAUCCGCCAGCUGAAGAAGACGAAGUUGGAGGUCCAGUUUCCUCGCUUCUGGUUGGAGCGUUCAUACUCUCUUAAGGAUGCGCUGAAGACUCUUGACAUCACUCAGGUGUUCCAGGACAACGCUGACCUCAGCAACAUGAGUGGCAGUAAAGGGUUCAAACUCACACAGGUGUAUCAUAAGUCCAUCAUCUCCUCUGAUGAGAGCAGCCAGGACAUCAGCGGAGGAGACACAGUGUUCUCCUCACCUCCGCCUCGACUGACCUUCAACAGACCCUUCAUCUUCAUCAUAUAUCAUCAGAGCACCGGCAGCCUGCUGCUCAUGGGCCGGGUUAACGACCCCACCCGCAAAUAAAUCACCCCACCCACCUACCCACAGCCCCGCUCAUGUGUCCACACACCUGUCCCAACUUCUAAUAUAUGGUUGGAGGUUCAACCCCCCCCCCCAGGUCUGUAAGAUGAAGCUGAGAGGUUCUGUGUUGAUAAAUAUUAGCUAAACGUUAAAUAAUAAUUUACAUUAUAACACAUCAUCCUGUUUGUAAUAAGCAGCCUCUGACACCUGCCUCCCCUUCAUGAUCUUCAGUAAGGCUACAGUCACACUAUGGAAAACAGUGGUUGGAGACAUGUGCAGUCAACAUGUGCGCUUCCUGCCUUUGAGAGGGACCAGCUCUGAGACCACCCCCAUUCAGCUUUGGUGCAUCAAGACGGUGAUAAAAUGGGGAUAAAUCGGCAUAAAGACGGAGUCAGACUGCUGUCAGUUUUUGAUUGGGCGGGGUCAAGUGGCACUUACAUGCAGUCUGUUUGUGAUAAUCUGGUGAUAGAAGGGAACAGCCACACUCCUGAGUGAAAAGGUCGACCCUGACUGACCAUCGGUCACUGGAGGUCCACACGUUACAGAGCCGAAUCUCUUUCACAUAUUUAUCGACUCUCAGAUUCUCAACGUUUCUCGAGAUGUCUCAUUCCCGUUCAGAUGUUUACAGAUGUGUGGGGAAACAGAAGGAGGUGACACAGAAAGAGCCCCCCAUCACUGAGUGUAAUAUUUACUCAUUCUUUCUUCACAGCAUUUUGACAUCAUUUCAUAUUAAAGGUUGAGGUUAAGUGGCACAGCUGGUCAAAUGGCUCACCAUCGUAUUAAUUUAACUCACCUCAGCAUACUGCAGCAUUCAGACAUUAUUCUAACACACUAACACAGUCCCAUCAAUGGCUGCAUCGGGAGAUGUAAACAAAAGACACACGAAUGUUGCUCUGUGUGUGCGCACUGCUGAGAAAAGUCAUGCUUUCAUUGGGUACUGAUCUCGGAAGACGGGACAUAUCCUUGUGUGCGUCCUGUGUCGAGAUUCUCCUUCCCUGUGACGCUCCACUAGGUUCAGCAGGAGUAUGUGGGGCUCCGCUCAGAGCACUCAGAGUGAGGACUGAGUGAAGAGCAACAGGACAGACCAAAGAUUUGGUGCUGCACUCGCAGCAUCGAGCCGUCCGCCUGUGAUAAUUAGGCGCUCAUUCUGAGAACAUCUCCCACCCUCAUUCCAAAUGAACACUCCCAGCAGCAACUAUCACACACACACACACACCAGGCACAAAACAAGAUGAUUCAGUGUUAAAUUUAGUGCAGUUUACAGUAAAUCUGUAAUCUGCCACAAACGGGAGUAACUCAGGCUUGUGUGGUUCAUCACAUUCCAUCGUCACUUGGAGAAAUCAGUGAUGGAGCAGACGAGUUGCUCGUCAGCGCAGACUGACUCAGACUGAUUGCAGACCUUUGCCAAUCUGUCUGAAACUGAUUGCAAUCAAACCAAGUUGGGCCGAGACAGGUUGCCUCCAACCAGACAACUGUGCAAUCCCCCGAAGGUCACCGCAACUACUUACAAUCAGGACCAGACAUGAAAAAAUUCAGUGCACUCACUCACCGGCAGUCCUGAUUUUCCUCCAGUGUGACUGAGGCCAAAGUUUCACAGACAACAAAUAUUAGAUCGUCGUGGUUACUCCUGAUAUUUUAUUGUCAUUUAACUGUUUUUUGCUAUUCUUGUCUGCUUUUUGAACUUCUGAUGUAGACCUCUCCAUCAGCUCUGUUUUGUGUUUACAGCUCAUUGGCAUGUUAGCAUGUUGUGUAUCCUGCACUGUGAACAUAUGAAAUAUUAAACAUGUUUAACGUGAA